AUAUUGCUUUUGUCUCUCCUUUGUUCAGGGGCAGCCCAACAGAUCUAUUCUCCUCAUAAAGGCUUGUUGUGGCCUGGUCUGGUCUUGGUUUUCGGCCCUUUUACCUGACACCAUCUCAAUCCAAUCAGGAUCGGGUAUUGUGUGGCUUCGGGAUGUGUUACCUCGUUGCACGAUGGUCCCAAGAUCCCUUACUUGCUCUCCCAGCUAACUGGAGGUAGAAGCUUCCUACUGAGAUAUGAAAGCACAAGUGGCAGCCCUGGUCAGUGCCGGUUCUAGGCUGCAGGAGCAGAUAUCUGCUGAUCUCUCCGUGGCCUGCGGGACAAGGGCAUCGCGUUCUGCCUGCGCAGGCGCUGUGGGAGUGGCGGGCCUAAGGGAGUCACGACUGGCAGGACUGAGAUCAGUGACAGGCACACCGGCCCGAAAGGGCCUGCAGAAAGGACGCUGCCUCAUCAAAAGGGCUCAGGGGCAUCGCGUUAGCAGGACGGCUGCCCUCUGGCCCCAGGAAGACGAGCCACCUGCGGAGAGCAGCCACACACACCACGGGGAGGAUCGGUGGGACGGAAUGGGGACAAAUUGUCUGACGCCGCGAGCCUCCUGCUGUGGACAAUGCUGCCGCGCCCGUCUGCGUCGUCUUCGCGAAAGGCGGCCCAGUCCUUAAGCUCUCACCACUUCCUACCCUUUCCUGUCCUGCCUGCCUAGCCUCCCACCCUUUCCUUGGCGCUCUGUCGCCUCUAUCACCUCAGAGCUACAGAACCGGCCGCAUGCGCAUGUGCACCACAGCACUGCGUCCUCCGCGGCGUGGCCCCAGCGGGCCUCCGUAAGGCGCCAUCUCCAUGGCUACCGUGGGGGUCGAGAGGCCUCCAUGGUUGGGUGGUGUGUAUUCUUUGCGGCCAGGCUCCAGGCGUGCCAGCAGGCGGGGGGCCCCAGAUGACUACAGAUUAAGGAGGAUGAGCUGUAGCCACUGGAGGGCGACAGAUGGAGGGAAGCUGGGACUACCGAGCUCCUACAGGGGUUGCUGAUAAUCCCAAGGAGAAUGCUAGUCAAGCCUGGAGCUUGCCAGCCUCCCGCUCCGGAGAUGUUCACAAGGAUAGUAGAGGGAUCAUCUUUUCAUCUUCGUCAAUUUUAGACUUGAGUCAAAGUGGUCUGCGCCUUCUGGAAAAGGUCUUUAGAAUCCCCAACCUUCAAGAAUUACAUCUUCAGAGAAAUGCCCUCUGCAUGAUUCCUAAAGAUUUCUUUCAGUUACUGCCAAACCUAACUUGGCUCGACCUACGGUAUAAUAAAAUUAAGGCGCUUCCUUCUGGGAUUGGAUCUCACAAGCAUUUGAAAACUUUGCUUUUAGAAAGAAAUCCUAUCAAAAUGUUACCUAUGGAGCUGGGGAAUGUGGCCACACUAAGGGCACUGGACUUAAGACAUUGCCCCCUGGAAUUCCCUCCUCAGCUUAUUGUGCAGAAAGGAGUCCUAGCCAUCCUGACCUUCCUGUGGAUCUGUGCAGCAGAGCAUGGCUUCUCUAAGGAUGCAGCUUCUCAAGGUUUAAGGAAGAGGCCCUCCUUCACGAACAUCUUACCUGAUCUCUCAUCGCCUUACCAAACAAUGAUUCCAACAAAAAGACUUGAAGAACGUCGAGUGGCAGCCCUCAAAGAGCUCCGCGAGAAACAGGCUCUGAUGGAGCAGCGGAGGAGGCAUGUCCGUAGAGUAGGAGACAAACGAGCCCUGCAGGAAUGCAGAGAGCAGGCCCAGAUGCUGAAGAAGAAAAAGGAGGAACUCUGUAAACUCCUGCCUUCACCUAGAGGCAUGGUGGCAUCAAAGAUUCCAUUUGCUACACAUCUGAUAGAUCAUGGGAAGAUUCCAGUGAGUCUACAUGGCAAAAUGAAACACACCAAAGAGAGCUCAUCAGAGGCCCAUGAAGAAAUAAGUCCUUCCUGAGUGGCAGCAGAUCUGGAGGAAAAGAUAAAGUGGCACAUACAACAAGUGCGUGCACGCAGGAGCUUCUGAGGCAUACCAGAGCUGCAGGAGAUGAAGACAGCCACCCAGGACUUGGACAUUGUGUGUAUUUGUCAGCUCUGUUAAAGAACUUGUUUCAUUAAGCCAGAUGUGUGGAUCAUACCAGCAUUCAGAGGUCAAGGCAGGUAGAUCAUGAGUUCAAAGCCAGCCUGACUACGUAAUUCAUAGUUCAAGCCUAGCCUGGACUGCCUAACAAGAUCUUGUCUCAAGAAAAAGGAAAAAUAAUUUGAUUCAUUAAAAUGAAAGUACCUUUGCCUCUGUGGAGUGCGCGCUAACAUUGGGGAAGUGUUUGCUGUGUCCUGGCGGUGGGACAUUUCAGAAUUACCAUUGGUCUGAUGACAAGAAAAUGUCCCAGCUGCAUUGCCAGCCUUCAGAUAUGCUGGAACCCAACAGUACCCACAUCAGGGCAUCUCAUGGCAGCAGCUGCCUGGGGACAGGGAUAGGGACCAUUCCCCUUCACAAUGUCAGAGGUCCUUGCUUGAAGCUUUGUACCCAGGAGAACAGGCUCAGGUCUAGGCCUCAAGGGUUACAGCAGCUUCCUGCACAGUGGCAGUGUGUCUAGUGACUCUGUAAUAGGAAGGCCAAAGUUCAUGGAGAUCCAAAUGCUGCUGCCCUGGAGGCUUCCUAGACGGAGUUGUCCCCAAAUUGCUGCCCACCUACCUGCUGAUGAUGGGUGGUUAACACCUGUCUAGCACUUACCUGGUGCUGAGAUGUCCUGACCUAUGACAGCAACUCAGUGAGAUGGGAGGGCCCUUUUCUGCCCUGCCUGGGACAUGGCCAGCCCAACUAGCUGGUCCCAGGAAACAACUGCCCUCCUGACAGUAACCUCCUAAAUGCCUGUGUCCCCACCCACUCACCCACAUGGAACAUUCAUUGGCCUGUUCUUCCAGGUCACCAGGGCCCUAGCCUGGAGGGAUCUUCCACAUCAGUGUGCCCUAUGCCAUGCAGCCACUUUGAGGUCCUGUUCCUGGGUCAGGCUGCUUCUGGGCCCAUAUCCAGGCUGCCCCAGGGUAAGCAGCAUGAACAUGGAAUAGGAACUCUCCCCUGUCCCCAUCUGUGGGCUCUAUCUCUGCUGUCUUUAAACCAACAAAAGAAAAUGUUGAUGAGGAUGCAGAGCAACAGCAAUCCAUAGCAGAACCUAAGCCUCCAAUACGGGAUGCUAUCCUCCCAGAAAAAUCCAUCCAACUGGUUUUCAGCUGCUGUCAUCUGGGCCUUUGGUGUAGUAGUUGACCCUGUAUCCUAACCCAACCAAGGCCAGCAUGGUUUGCAGGAAGAAAGCCACCUGAAAGUACAGUGUUAAGGUCAGCAGAGAAAAAUGGCAACAAGAUACAAGAUGGUUCAUUCCACAGCACCCAAACAUAGGGAUAUAAAACUAGGAAGAGGGCCAGGGAUUUAGCAUAGCGGUAUAGCGCCUGCCUGGCAAGCACAAAGUCCUGAGUUCGAUCUCUGUGCCAAAAAAAAAAAAAAGAACUAGAAAGAGGGAUUGAAAGCUGCAAGUCAUGGGGAAAAAAUAAGAACCAAGAAAGAUUUGUAAAGGUGCAAAUUUCCAAUGAUGCAUGUCAUUAUAUUGUAUACCUAAAAUGUACCAAUAAAGAAAGCUGCAAGUCUGUAGCAGGUCAAAUUAGAUCUCCAGGAUCUAAUUGUCCAUUGGCUCCACUGGCCUACCCAGUGGGGUUUUCCCCUCCCUAGAGAAAUAGAGUGACCAAGUGCCAAAGGCAUAGUAACAGUGUUGUAACAUAGUAACAUGUUGCCUUCCUGAGCCCUGCGAAAGGGACACGUACACACCAGUGUGUUCAGAAUGCACUAGGGGCUGGCACAGGCUCUUCAGCCUUCUCAGCUGGCCAAGGCAAAAGCCACAUGGGUAUCCCCCAGAAAAUAUCCCUGUCCUGAAUGACCAGGAGUGACCCACCUGCCAGUAUCCACAGUAUCUAUUCAUGGUAUCAGGGUCUCAUCUUGAGCAAAUGUGGAGCUAGAGACCAUUGGCCUAUGGGGAGAGUCCCAUUGUGAAGGAGGGGCCUCACCAAACCGGCUGGAAAAGUGAACUUCAGAUAUUGAAGACAAAAUUAAAAAUCACAAGCUAGCAUUAAAAUACUCUGGGUGAUAAUAGAAAAUAUUGCUACCGGGCCAGGGAUUAGCUCAGUGGUUUCACCGCCUGCCUCACAAGCUCAAGGACCCAAGUUUGAUCCCUGGUACCAAAAAAAAAAAAAAAAAAGAAAGAAAGAAAAUAUUGCUACCGUGAAAUAUAGCAAGCUAAUAGGAGAACCACACUCUGACACCUAAGAAUUCUUGGAGGUAAAUUAAAAAGAUGAUAAUUUUUAAAAAUUUAUCUGGGUGCAGUGGUGUACCCCUGUAAUCACAGGACUUGAAAGGUUGAGGGAGGAGAAUCACAGGGCUAGUCUGAGCUACAUAGUGAGACCUUGUCUCAAAACAGCAACACCAACAAAAAAUUUUUUUAAAUUUAAAUCAAUAAGUGAAGAGGAUUGAUCCAAGAGGUUCACCAUCCACCAAUAGGUAUUCAAGAGAGAUUCUAGAUAAAUGGAAUGGGAGGGAGAAAUUAAUGGAAAAAAAAAAAGUUUUCCACAAACAGAUGUGGUACCAGAUUGAAAAGCCCACCAUGCCUCAGCAUCAUAACUAAGACAAGUAACAUCUCUGAGAUCAGAUCUCCACGGUCAGGGAUCAGUACAAAAGCAAUGCAUUUCCAGAUAUACAAACACUCAAAAGUGUUACUUUCCACACAGCCUUUUUCUGGGAAAUGCAUUCUGUCAUGUCAGGAGUUGGGGUAAGUGGUGCAGGAAAAUGGAGCCCCAGGCUGCCUGCUAGCAGGGCUGGAGGCCACCGAACUGAGGUCACUCCCAGAGAGACAAAAUCUGAUCAGGAGGAAAGAAAGAAGCAUUGUGGGAUUUUAUAGUUUGGGAGACUGAAUGACAGGCACGUUGCAAACAAUAAAAUUUCUAAAAGGAGGCAAUGAUUACUUCCACACACACACAAAAGAAGCCCACACACGGGAGUUUUUACAUAAAGCAAAAUAAUCAAUGCAUUCUUACUGGAUAAGUAGCAAAUAAUGUUCCCCUAAUCUUAGUGAUAGAAACCUGAAUGGCAGUGGAACCCCUGAUUGUGCCAUAACUGCAUUAGGGAGAGGUGGUUGUAGGAGGCUCAGCAAUGCUGGGCUGGAGGUAGAGGUCCAGCUGUGUCCCUGGGCAGACAAAAGGGAGGAAGGUGGGAAGGCUGUGGGGCUCCUCUCCUGGGGUGGGAAGGUGGGAACCUACAGAUGCAGGUACCCAAUUCAGAAGUGGGAAGAGCCUGCUACUUGGCUGCUGGUGACUUGGUUCUUGUGUGGUAGCAGUGUUUCCUCCUUCAUUUUAUCUUGUUCUGGCCAGUAGAAGGUCUAGGAACGUGGAAUGUGAAACAGAAAGCAUGCACCUGAGCCUAGGCACGGUACUUUCCUUUCCCUGGUGGGUACACACUGGUCCUUGGUUCCCGUGUCCAUGGCUCCAUCGGCUCCCAAGGCAGUUGCAGGUCUCAGGUGGGAUCACGAAUGUGGCAUAUUCACCUGAGGGUGGUACCAGUUUCAGCGGUUUUCUCUGUUCACCCAUACAUCCAGAUUGCCAUCUGCACAGGACACCUGUGCGGUGCCUGUUGAGGACACUGAGAUGAGUGGCCCAAACAGUUGAUGUCCUCAUGUGAAGGGACAGCAGGAGACCAGGCUGGAGCAGGCUGCACAGGCCUCAUCUCAGAGGGGGCUGCACCAUGACUCAGGCUCCUGGAUGCCCUGGGGUUGGGGACUGGUUCUGCUCACCCUCAGGUACCCCUGCUGUGCAGGAGAUUCAUCUGAACCUGGAGGGGACAGCACGGAAAGUCCUGCCUUUCUCACUUUCCUUCCCCUCCUUUUCUCU